CAUAUAAAAUUGAGAAUUUAAAAAUAGAUUAUUUAUAGAUUUUUCAAAUUAAGAAAUAUUCUCAAAUUAUCAAAUAUAAGAUACUGUACAUUUUUAUUAAAAUUGUUCAUACCGUCUCGCGUGAGAGACGGCCUUGUUUUCUGCAGCAAAUGCUAGGCGUUACUUAUAUGGCUACAUGGUAGAUUAGUAGGAAGAAGCAAACUCGGCUCUCUCGAGGCUCUUCUUGCUUCCUGAUUAUUCAAUGAGUCAUGUUACAUGAUGUACCUGAAGUAUAUCCAGAUCAAGGUGAACCACACUCUCCCUGCUGUCAUAAAAAGCGAAAUAGGCGCGGUAUGGGGGGUCGUGACGGGAGAGAAGGGUGGGGCCUGUCAGUUGCUGUCGAAAGAAACGAUCUAUGCCACUACGGCAAUAACCAUGUUCAGUUCCGUGAUACAGUGGUCCCCCGAUCGCGGACACGAUCGAGACCCUGAGGAUCGAAAGGCUCUCCGACGGCUAAAAACGCGUCGAAACGAAUUAACGGUCAGUCGAUCAGUGUCGCGGCCUAGGUCGUCGAUGGGCUUCCGACCGUACGCAACAUGGAAUUGAUUUGGGUGCUCGUUCUGUUCUUCGGGUUCGUACAUCCGUCCCAGCCGUCGCACCUCGAAGUGGCUUACCAGUGGAAAUAUCUCGAAUGGGUUUGGCCAAAUAUACAUCUGACGGGAAAAAACUAUACCCUGGGCAAUGCUUUCACACAAGAUGUGGAUAUCGACAGUCAGGGCCGCGUGUUCGUGACGAGUCCACAGUGGUUGGAUGGUACACCAAUUAGUUUGUCUUUGGUGACUAAGGCGCACGGUCCUGGUGGUCCUUUACUCGUACCGUAUCCCAAUUGGUCCUGGCACGUGUCGUUCAGUUGCGAGAGCAUUAUAUCUGUCUACAGACUGGCGAUCGAUGAGUGCAAUCGUUUAUGGGUGGUCGACUCUGGCAGAGCAAUGAUGAAAGCGGUAUGCCCCGCAAAAAUAUUGAUCUUCGAUCUUGCCACGGAUCGGCUGAUCCAUAAAUACGUGGUACCGGAUGAUCAAGUGCUGUACGGGAAGGCCUCAUUAGUUACGCCAAUCGUCGACGUCGGAAAAACGUGUCUCGAUACUUAUCUCUACGUGGCGGACGUGGAUCAAAAUGGACUGGUGAUUUAUGACUUAUAUCGCGACCAUUCCUGGCGAGUAAACAACACCCGUGGUAACGCUUUUGGCCCGGACGAGGAUGCUAUGAAUAUUACGAUCGCCGGCGAGUGGUUUGAUUUGACCGACGGUACGCUCGGUAUGUCACUGUCGCCGUACGGAUACUUCAAUCACAGACAUUUGUAUUUUAACUCGCUCGCAAGCUUCCAUAUGAAACACUCGGAUACAUUUUCGUUGAUCCAAAGCGAGUUUCGGGAGCCAAUAAUAUUUGAAUCAAAUUACAAACUCGUGAGCCAAGCGGGCGCGCAAGCGACCUCUCGAAGAGGCGUAAUAUUUUUCCAAUUGGUCCAAUUAACUGCCAUUGCCUGUUGGGACAUCGGGAAACCAUUUACUUCGGAGAACGUCGUGAUAAUAGCACAAGACGAGGAGACUCUGCAGUACGUGAGCGGCAUUAAAGUGAUCACGAAUAGGGCCGGCGAGGAAGAAUUGUGGUUCAAUACCAACAGGCUUCAGAAGACGAUAAACAUGAGCCGCAAGCCGACGGAGACAAACUUCCGAAUAAUUAGAGGAGCAGUCGACGACAUCAUUCGGGGUACAAAUUGCGAGCCGUAUGGCAUGAGGAGGCAAGCAGCAGACACCGUCUUCUGGCAUCAAAUAUAACUUGCCACGACACUUUGCGCCUUUCAUUACCUCACUCGAAAUACCUUUAAUGUGUUCCUGUACAUUUCAUUUGUUUUGCCAUUUUAAAUUUAAUUUAACAAAGAUUUUUUCAAAUAAAUUGACGCGUAAUGGCGUGUUUUUAUAAAAAAA